UCGUUAUCUGCAUUAAAAUCAAUUGUUUUACGAUUACAUUGAAUGCAAGAUGUCAAGUUGACAGAACACAAUUCUUGCUGAGAUGACUAAGAAAUUUGAUGCGAUUGACAAAAGGAAUUUACAAGAUUGAAACAAAAGGAUUGGUAUUAGAGAAUUGGAAGGAAAAUAAUGUAACAAGAUGACUUUGGGUUAAGAAAAUAUACCUUCUACCAUUCCUUCCUCAAAAACAUGAUUGUGGGAAGGAAACUAAUUCCUUCCUUCCAUCUUCCUUCAACGAUCCCUUUGCCUCACGUUGUUCAUCAUUAAAGUGGGGAUAGGAAUGGGAUGAAUUCCGUUAUGGCGUGGUGUUUGUGGAAGUGCAUUCGUCAGGAUGAUGUGAUUUUCAAGUUGCACUAGGGUAAAAUAAAACUGUAAAGUGCAACCAACAGAUGCAGAAAAGUGUGUCGUGAUAGUUUCUAAUUGUUUUUAUUAAGAAUUGUAAUGGCACAACAGACUUUCGGCAAUUACAGCUCCUGCUGUCGACUAUGUUUAUCAGAGAAUUCCAGUUCCUUGAAGUCUGUUUUCGAUAGUUCGACGAGCCGCUCAUCAUUGAGUCAGCGAAUAUAUACUAGUUUAGGGAUCGAGAUUGAAGCUUCAGACAAAAUAUCCACCAUGAUUUGUCAGUCUUGCAUUGGAAUAUUGAAUGAAUGGGACAAGUACAAAAGAAGUUGCUUAAUAAAUCAAAGAACUUUAGAGUUAAGGAUGCAAAAUUGGAAUUCAAAUCAGAUAGCUGAUGUGAGUUUACAAAUUAAAGAUGAAACAUUGUAUGAUGAAGUUGAUGAUACAGCUCGUGCAGUUAAUGAUGAGGAAAGAGAAGGGGCAAUAAAGGAAGAACCUAUGGAAACAGAGCAGUAUAACUUAGAUGACUCAUUUGAGGAUCUUCCUCCUCCAUUAACUCCUCAUCCACCUGAGAGUGAAAAUAUAUUUAAUGAAGACAAUUCUUCCACUUCAUUUAAUGAUGAAACAGUUAACAGUGUUCCCUCAGGAGACUCUAGAGUAUGUAGUAUUUGUGAUAAGGUAUUCAGCUCAGUAAGCAAUAAGAACAAACAUGAACGAACAAUCCAUGCUAAUAAAAAUCAAGAAGAUUCAGAAAAUACUAAAUCUCAGAACAGUGAAGUUUGUAUAGAUGAUGAAAACAGUUCUGGUUUACAUUCAUGUAAUGGUGAAACAAAUAUGAGUGAUGCCCAACCAAUUCCUGCUACAGUUGACAAUUUUACGAGUGAAUCUGACCAACAAAAAAUUCAGUUUGCUGCAAAUCUAAAAUUAAAACUACAACAUCAUGCAACUCCAAGUCCGAGUCCUUACACGUUUAACGGAUUCACCAAAAUCGAGACGAGCUACUUAGAAAAAUGUAAAGCGAUGAUUAAAAUGAAUGAAACAUUCAUAUGUAUUUGUCAUAACGAACAGCUCCAUUCAUUCAAACAGAUUCUUCAACACAUUAGAAAGAAUCCCAUAUGGUUUCCAUGUUACACUUGCUUUAACUGUAUGAUCACUUUUACUGAUCGGUCUACUUACAUGAAACAUUAUGCGUCCUGUCCAAAAGAGAAAUUGAGAAACUUAAAAAGACUUGCUGAGGCAAAAGAAAACACCGAAAUGAAAGUACGACUUUAUCAGCUUUAUGUUUGUAUGCUUUGCCACUUUAUUUUUGCGUAUCACGAGGACUUUUGCCAGCAUGUCAACACUUUUCAUGUUGGGAAUUCAGAGACAGAAACGAGUUGCAAAAAGUGCAGUACUACUUUUGAAACGGCGGAUGCUCUAAGACGACACAUGUACCUGUCUUCAUGUAUAAUGAAUUAUCGUUGUGACAUUUGCGGGAAAAUAAUGGGAAGUAUGACCGAAUUUAAAGCGCAUUGUGAACUGGAACACGACAGUUCUGAAGGUUUUAGUCUAGAAUCCAAAGACAAUUAUCGGAAGAGAGUUUCAGCACCCGCUGAAUUGAUAAAAAGACCUGAGGAGGUAAAACGACGAAACCGUGAAGCGCCUAGGUUGGAACCUGAAGCUACUGAAGUUACUGAAGAACGUGAGAAAGUUGUUAAUCCUCAUGCCUUAGUGGGCCCGAAAAAAAAAUCACGCUCCGCUUGUCACGUUUGUGGCAAGGUUUAUUCAAGUUAUCACAACAUGAUGCGUCACGCCAAAACCCAUGACCAAUCAUUGAACACCCUCAUGUGCAAGUAUUGCCCGGAAACAUUCCGACUCGUUGUUCAAUUGAAACAACACGAAAAUGAAGUCCACAACAUUAAUAAAUCACCAGAUCAGGUCCCUAGAUCUAAAUCAACACCCCGAAAUGUUAAGGAAUUUAAGUAUUCAUGUCUUGAAUGUAAAGCUACGUUCGAUGAUUUAGUAAAAUUCACGAAACAUAAGGACAUGCAUAGAUUACCGUGUGAAGAUUGUGGAAAGAAAUUUACCACUCAGAAAGAACUGGAUCAACACAGAAGUGUUCACCUCAAUAUUAAAGUAUAUAGGGAUUCCAAAACACAAAAUUAUAAAAGCAGUAUGGUUAGUGCUUUACUAAUGUGUGAGGUUUGUGACAAAGUAUUUGACACCAAAGAAGAAUUGGUUCAACACAAGUCCCUUCACGAACAAAUGCCCAUUUUGACAGCGCAAGAUAGACCUGAAGACGAUAAAAAAGACAAUACUAAAAAGUACUCGUGUCAAGUAUGUAAUAAAACUUAUUUAGGUUACGGUGGUCUUUGGGAACAUAACAACAAACAUCACCCUGGUCGUAAAAUUCCUCGCGAAUAUCCACGUCAAUGUAAAUAUUGUGACAAAAUGUUGUUCACAGGUGGGUCGUGGUAUAUGCACAAGCAAAUGCACGAACGUUUAUCCUUCCAAUCACAAAAAGUAUCUAAUAACACAAAUCACGUAAAUGAUGCAAAAUCGGCGGCAAAGAAAACUACCAGCAAGGAUAGCGAUGACGCCGAGUCCUAUUUUACCUGCAAAAAGUGCUUUAAAGUGUUCUCCAGCAAAUACAAUUUACGUAAUCAUAUGAAAUGUCACGGUAUCAAUACCAACUCGACAAGUCGAGCCCAGUCAAAACUCGGAAACAAAUCUAAAACGUAUUGGUGCGAUGUAUGUCAUCAAGCUUGUCUAGGACUUGCAGAACUUCAAAAACAUAAAUUGGAACAUGUUGAAGAGGGUAUACCACAACUUAAUAAUGAAAUUCAGGCCGUUGAACCGAAAAAACUUCACAUAUUCCUUUGUGAUCUGUGUGACAAAGAUUUCACAACUAAAUUUGCCCUUAAAAAGCACAAAGAAAGACAUGACUUGGAAUGCACACCUAUACAAAAGAAACGUUACUUCUACUGUAAGCACUGCAAGAUUCCCUUUAAAAACAUGACCAUCCUGGAGGACCAUAUGCAAGGAGAACAUAAUGAAAGUGUUGCACCUAAACCCCAUACCAACCAAAGUACCACUACUUCAAAUAAACAUCCCUGUAGUGUGUGCAAGAAGGUUUUCGACACUGCCUCGGCUCUCUCAUCUCAUCAGGGAUGGCACAAGCGUGGCAAAGUUGAGAAACAACUAAGGACACAGGAAAAACUUUUCCGCAAAAUGGUAAACUCCUUUCCUUCUAAAGAGGAUAAUAAAAAGCAACAAAAUGAAUUACAACCACAACACCAAACACCUACAGAAAUGGAAUCCUUUCAAUGUCUUACAUGUUUCCUACAGUUUUCUAAUGAAACUGCCUUGCAAUUACACGUUCUAGAAGCUCAUAGGAAAAUUGACACCAAACAAAUAGUUGUUUUCCAUUGUGAUCCGUGUAAUUUAGAUUUCGAAACGCAACUGGCUUAUAAUAAACACCAGCAACUGCAUAAAGUAGUAGAACAACAAAAAACUAAUCAGCAGCAGCAUCAUGUACCCCCACAAGUUAUAGAUGGUCAGAAAGUGUCUAAAAAUUUUUCGUGCAAAUAUUGUCCAGCUAAUUUUACACGUAGUGAUCACUUAAACGCGCAUAUAAAAGAAAAUCAUCGGGAAUUUAUAAAGAAAAAUUUUAAAUGUACUCAGUGUGAUCGGUUAUUUGAGAAACAAAAUGCACUCUCUACGCAUCUGAAGGUGCACGAAAGACAGAAACAGGUCGCUGGAACGGAAAAAUCUAUUGAUAAGUUACCUAAAAAGUUUUAUUCUUGUUCCAUUUGUCAUGUCGGAUUUCCAAUUGCUAAAGAUCUAAGGAAUCAUAUAAUUUCGACACAUCCGUUUUGAAAAGGUUUGUUCGUUAAUUUUUCGAAGCUGGAAAAGUUACAUUUAACGUACUUUAUUUGCGAGGGAUAUUGCAAUUAUUUUCUUGAAUAAAAGAACGGUUGUUUUCAAAAAUUAGCGAAAAAUUUCACUCUUUAAAAGAGUCCAUAAAUUUAUAAGUAAGAAAAUUCAAGUCUUUUUGACUUUUCUGAUUGUAUUUUGUAACCAAAUUGAAGAUAAACUUGUUUAGAACAUCUAUUUAAUUCCAAUUUUCAAAAGUGGUUUUAAAUUAAGAAUAUUUUGUAUUUUUUAGGAUUGUCUGUUUCCCGCAGGAUUAUUUAUUCCAAGUGUUGUGUUAUUCAUGUUUUGGGGUAGUUUUUUUUACUUAUAAUUAGUAUUGUUGACGUUUAUAUUUAUU